AGUGCAUCUAAAUAAACAAAGAGGGACAUUGGUCGGAAAGAACAGCGCGCCGAUACGAUGACUUCGUCUGCCGCCCUUCGAGAUGCUCAACGCGACCUGGAAAACAAAGCGAACGAUCUCAGCAAGCUUCAAAAGGAUAUUGCAAAGAAUCACCAAGUGAGAAAGAAGUAUACUAUUCAGCUCGGGGAGAACGAGCUUGUCCUUAAGGAAUUGGAUUUGCUGAGAGAAGGUGCAAAUGUUUACAAGUUGAUUGGCCCUGUACUUGUUAAGCAGGACCUAGCUGAGGCCAAUGCAAAUGUGCGCAAGAGAAUUGAAUAUAUCUCUGCUGAAUUGAAGCGUCUUGAUGCUACCCUUCAGGAUCUGGAAGAGAAACAAAAUAGCAAGAAAGAAACGAUCCUAAAAUUGCAGCAAAGGAUUCAGUCGCUCCAAGCCGGGAAAGGCAAGGCGUAACGUUCCUUUCCAUGCUGUUUAGGUGACGUCUAUGGAGUUGCUAUUUUCAACCCGGCCAAGCUGGAAAAUGCUCAUAUGCCAUUUGUUUUAGGGUUGUUUGCGCUGUGAAGUAUUAUUAGGUUGACAGUGUAUUUUGUCAUAGUUAGUGUGCCUAUCUUAAUUUCUUUUUGUUUUGCAAUUUGGGCUGGAUCCUCCAGGUAUUGUAACCACUAAUUAUACAGAAGUUUGAACUAAGAUAUGACUCUUUUCUUCACA